AUGAAUUCCUGCGUGUUAGACCUUAUCUUGUUUGGCAAAGGUUCCGCGAACAAGCGCUCGAGCCGUUGUCCAGACAGAGUGUUUAUAUCUCUUAUCCAUCAUUGGCUCUUUUUUGAGAUGAAGAAAAUGAUCCAAGAUGCAGCUCAUUUAUCCGAGCUAUUAUUGGGCUGUAUGGGCGGCAUCGCUUUGCUGGUCGUGGAGUUGCGGUCGACUUUUACAUCGUCAUCCACUCACAAUUCAACAAAAUUCAGAGGCGGUCAGACAACAUACCCGUCAGCCAACCACGUGAUUCUGCGUCAAGGUCGCGUUUGCAAGGAGGAAGAUGCGGCGGACACUCUGGAAAGAAUCAUCGGCCGCGCAUGUCUUCUAGGGGCUUCACGUAUCGCCGAGCUGGCUCGAUACCGUCAACCAGGUUCUGGUGUCGAUCUAGCAGACUGCGUUCAUCGCAUUCUGACUAUAACACCGAGCCCCGGGUACAGCCAGAGGGGUCUUGUUACUGUAGAAGAAAUCGACGAGCUCCUACACUCGCUCGCCUCAAAAGUGAGAUGGAGCUCCCCCUCGAUUCGCGCCUCGCAAGCCAGCAUGACUCCAACCAACAGAACAGAUGUUGAGCUCAUGUACAGAAGGCUGAGCGCAGUAGAGGCUAAGUGGUUUACAAGGUUGGUUUUAAAAAGUUAUCAACCGCUGGUAUUAGACCCGCAUCUCAUAUAUCGACUCUGCGACCCUCUUCUUCCUUGCGUUCUCAGGGUCCAAGACGAUUUUGCUACUGCGAUUACCACUACGCAAACGUUACGAAGGAGAUUACUCCCAAAUCCUGGACAACAGACACCGCGUGAACAAAUCAUGGGUACGGUGAAGCCUCAACUGGGCAUCAAGAUUGGACGGCAGCCUUGGAUCAAAGGCCGUAGUAUCAAGCAUUGUUUAGAUAUGGGCCACGGGAGUAUGAGUGUGGAAGAGAAGAUCGAUGGCGAAUACUGCCAAAUACAUAUAGACCCAAGUAAAGGAGAUCGGUGCAUUCAGAUUUUUUCCAAGAGCGGCAAAGACAGCACUGAAGAUAGGGUUGCACUUCACGGGACAAUAUUAGAAUCGCUCAAAAUUGGACAGCCCGACGCCAGAGUCACCAAGGGCUGUAUAUUGGAAGGGGAGUUGGUUGUGUAUGAUGAUUAUCAAAAUAAAAUACUCCCAUUCGAUAAAAUCAGGAAGCAUGUCUCACGGAGAGGAUGGGCAGAACUAGUUCCUCGACAAGUUGUUGAUUUUGGCCAACCACUCGGCGUAUCGACCCUGCGCAAAACGUUUGCCCUGACCAUCUUGGCCCGAAAAGAAGGCCUCGUUUUGAAACCAGAUGAGCCCUACUUUGACUUCAAAGAUCAACGGCGAAAAUUCUCGAGUUGCUGUAUCAAACUCAAAAAAGAGUACAUUGGAAGCUUUGGAGAUGUUGGCGAUUUUGCAGUUGUCGGGGCCAAGUACGACUCGGCGAAAGCCAUCUCCUACAGAAUUCCAGGGUUGAAAUGGACGCAUUUCUAUGUUGGCUGCUUGGACAACAGAGAAGCGGUUAGAAAUUGGAAGGUCAAGCCGGAAUUCACGAUCGUCAAUGUCGUUGAACUAAACGAAACGCUUCUUAGAGAGGUUGUCACCUACUCAAACCCAGAACCCGUUGCGCCAAGAGAUAAUGAGGCGAUCAUUCUCAAGCAAGCCCCUGGCGUUGAGCAAGGGUCGCCUCCAACUGCUAUAUUUACUAAACCACUGGUCUUUGACCUCAAAUGCUUCAGCUUUGAUAGAGUGGGAAACACUGGAUUUUGGAGCCUGCGAUUUCCUUCAGUGACAAAAGUACAUUUUGAUCGGGAUUUCACUGAUACAAUAUCCUUUGAACAGUUGCAAGAGCUGGCCAAGGAUGCAACUACAGCGGCUACGCUCGAGGAUAGUCAGGAGAACUUACAAUGGAUUGCCAAGCUAGAGGCAGCCGACCCGCGUGGUAUUGCAGUUGAUGCUGCUAGUCAAUUGACAAUGACAACUAUGCCAACACCGUCGCCUCGAAAGUCAACACAGAAUACCACCUCCACAUGGUCUCCCACUUCCCCACUAACAACAAGAUCACCAGCGGGCAAUAUUGAUAGCCCUUGCCGUGAUAGGGUCGAAAGAUUCCGUCCUUUAAUAUUAUCUACUGCGGUAGCCACGUUGCCUACACCUGCUGCACCGCUCGAUUCAUUCACAAGGCAGCGUGCAAAACAAAAACGUGAUCCGCUCAUCAUAGAGCCUGCACCACCACACAAACGCCCGAAACUAGACACUGAAUCACUGCCGAAAGAUAAACACCCACUCGACAGCGCAACAAGUUUCCAACCACGCCUACCUCUUACCUGUGUGAACGACAACUCACAAUCUCAGCCUGUCAUGAUUACUUGCGCAUCUCCUUCCACCUCUGUCUCCCUUGAUGAUCCCGACUCUGAUGAGAAUGAUGCUCCGGAUUCUAUUCUGUGCGUCAACCCUGAACACAGCAGUCCUUCUGGGAAUGAUCUCGAGACCGACGCAGAACUUCACCGUGAUAUUCCAGUGAAUACCAUCGUUUCUACUGGCACUAAGGGGUGCAUCUAUGCAGGCGAGGACUGUGCAUUUGCAAAAACAGAUGUGUUGAUUUCACCUGGACUUCUCAGCAAUCCGACAGCUAAGACACUAAUUGAGCUACACGGAAUUGAAAAUCCAGUCGAGCACCUUGAUGCUUGGCUGGAACAGGAGAAGUCAGACAAACUCAGAGAGACAGGGAUCAGUAGCACCAUGAUCUUUCUUCUGUGUCAAUCGGACGACAAAGAAGCAACAAAGUCCCUUUUUGACAAGAUCCAGAAAGUACGGGAAAGUAUCCCACACAGACUACAGAACUGGAUUCAUGUUUACGACUGGCGCGUUCUGCAACAUGUGACAAUCCAGGAGGAUGCCACUAUCCAACCCAAAUAUUACGAUGGGUUUCAUACCCCGUGGCAGCGCUGGCGCAUCGGAACUGGACUCAUCUGA